AGGAUUGUUCGUACCACCCUUGUAUUGCUUCUUGUCCUCCUGCUCUGCUGCUUGCGUUGUUCGAUGGCAAUGGAAUCUCUCAAGUUCGACAGUGCGGCAUACGUUGAGCUCUUGAGGAAGCUGAUCGGCGAGAACAGAAAUCUGCAGAACAAUCCCCCCUUGAAUGUCCCACAGGAGGAUCUCGCGUCCCAGCACGUUCUCAAGGUGCUGGAGCCAUACACCGUAGAGAAGGGAGGCCCCUUGUCAGUGCGACGUGAGACGUUCGUUGAGGGCAGAGGCAACGUCAUCAUCGAGUACAAGUGCGAGAAGAAAGAUGCUCCUUACGUUUCUUUCGUCGGGUCGCACCUCGACGUCGUUCCAGCCAACCCCGACGAAUGGGACUUCAAUCCGUAUGAGCUCAUGGUGGACGGCGACAAGCUCUGCGGGCGAGGAGUCACUGACUGCUUGGGCCACGUCGCACUCGUCACAGAGUUGUUCAAGCAGAUUGGCAUCAACAAGCCCAAGCUGAAUGUCAACGUCGCAGCCGUGAUGAUAGCCAACGAAGAGAACUCGAAGAUCGAGGGAGUCGGCAUCGACGAGCUGGUCAAGAGAGGCAUGGUCGCGCACCUCAAGUCAGGCCCUGUCUUCUGGGUUGAUUCUGCAGACAAGCAUCCUUGUCUCGGAACUGCUGGGAUGGUUCCCUGGCAGCUGAAGGCCAAGGGCAAGCUGUUCCAUUCCGGUCUUCCCCAUCAGGCCAUCAAUCCCAUGGAGAUGGCGAUGGAGGCAGUCAAGUACAUGCAGGAGCGCUUCUACCAGGACUUCCCCCCGCACCCCGAGGAGGAGCGCUACAAGUUCAUCACCUGCUCUUCGAUGAAGCCAACCCAAUGGUCUUACCCGGGAGGGGGAGUGAACCAGAUCCCGGCUGAGUGCACCAUUUGUGGCGACAUGCGUCUUACUCCCUUCUACACGGCACAGCAGGCCAAAAAGUCUUUGCAGUCAUACGUGGAAGAGCUCAAUAAGGACAUCAGCAAGUUGCCUACUCGCGGGCCCUCUUCCAAGUAUACCCUGCCCGACCAGGGUUUGACCGGAACGUUGGAGCUCACUAUCAUGGGAGAGGCCAUGUCCGGGAUCGCGUGUAACCUUGAAUCUCCAGGAAACAAGGUUCUGUUCGAUGCUACUCAGGAAGUUCUGGGCGAGUGCAAGCCUUACUCCCUUACGGGCUCUCUCCCACUGGUGAAAGAGCUGCAAGAUGAAGGGUUUGACAUUCAGAUCAUCGGAUACGGCCUCAUGAAGACCUACCAUGCCAAGAACGAGUAUGGCUUGCUCUCGGACUUCGGUCAAGGGUUCCAGAUCAUGUGCAAGAUCAUCCAGAAACUCAGUGACAAGAACUGAUGUGACACGGCCUUGGUAACCGUUGCGAGAGACAGAGAGGGAGAGAGAAUGUGCAGCAGCAGCACACGAAUGAACUCAUGUGCCCUU